AACUUUAUUUGUUAAUUCAAAACCAAAAAUUUUCUCCCAACUCCACUGCAAUGUGUAGAAUAAUCAAACCCAUAACUUGAUCUUUGCUCAUAAAUCUUCCCAUUUGAGAAUUCAAAACCCCACAAAAUUUCACCGAAAUGCGGGUCUUCUCGUCCUUGAUCUUGGCCGUAGCAGCAUCCGUUGUUCUGCCGGCGACGGUGGUUUACUGCGGCUUCCCCGUCCCACUUCUCUCUCUGCACAGGGCCUUCCCUUCUUCUCCCCCUGUCCAACUCGAAACCCUCAGAGCUCGGGACCGAGUCAGGCAUGCCAGAAUCUUGCAAGGUGUUGUCGACUUCUCAGUCGAAGGUUCUUCCGAUCCAUUGCUCGUCGGGCUUUACUUUACCAAAGUCAAAUUAGGCACUCCCCCAAUGGAAUUUACGGUGCAGAUCGACACUGGAAGCGAUAUAUUGUGGGUCAACUGCAAUUCCUGCAAUGGCUGCCCCAGAUCAAGUGGACUUGGCAUUCAACUAAAUUUCUUUGAUGCUUCGAGUUCAUCAAGUUCUUCACUUAUCUCCUGUUCUGACCCAAUAUGCAAUUCUGCAUUCCAAACAACUGCAACACAGUGUUUAACUCAGAGUAAUCAAUGCAGUUACACCUUUCAGUAUGGUGAUGGAAGUGGAACGUCAGGUUAUUAUGUAUCCGAGUCCAUGUACUUUGACAUGGUCAUGGGACAUUCUAUGAUUGCCAACUCUUCAACUACUGUUGUUUUUGGUUGUAGCACCUAUCAGUCAGGAGACUUGACAAAAUCAGACCAUGCAAUAGAUGGCAUUUUUGGAUUUGGCCCUGGGGGUUUGUCUGUCAUAUCACAGUUGUCAGCUCGAGGGAUAACCCCCAAAGUAUUUUCCCAUUGUUUAAAGGGAGAAGGAAAUGGUGGUGGUAUAUUGGUUCUUGGUGAGGUUUUGGAGCCAGGCAUUGUGUAUAGUCCACUUGUGCCCUCUCAGCCUCACUAUAACUUAUAUCUAGAAAGCAUAGCUGUCAAUGGGCAGACACUGCCGAUUGAUCCAUCUGUGUUUGCAACAUCAAUCAAUCGAGGUACUAUUGUAGACUCUGGAACAACAUUGGCUUACCUUGUCGAAGAAGCUUAUACUCCAUUUGUCAACGCUAUAACUGCUGCUGUUUCCCAAUCCGUAACUCCUACUAUUUCAAAGGGCAACCAGUGUUAUCUAGUAUCCACCAGUGUAGGCGAGAUAUUUCCUCUGGUUAGCUUAAACUUCGCGGGCAGUGCAUCUAUGGUGUUAAAACCUGAAGAAUAUCUUAUGCAUCUUGGCUUUUAUGAUGGUGCUGCAUUGUGGUGUAUUGGUUUUCAGAAAGUUCAGGAAGGAGUAACGAUUUUAGGAGAUCUUGUUAUGAAAGAUAAGAUAUUUGUAUAUGAUCUGGCUCGCCAGCGAAUUGGGUGGGCAAACUAUGAUUGUUCUCAAGCUGUAAAUGUGUCAGUCACAUCUGGGAAGAACGAGUUUGUCAAUGCAGGGCAGUUGAGCGUGAGCGGCUCGACCCGAGAUAAGCUCAUUCAAUCACUAACUAUGGAAGCAUUAGCAAUGUUAAUGAGUGUCAUUUUGUUCAUCCACUCCCACCUUCUGUAACUUUUAAUGUGUAGUUCUCACUUCUCAAAUCCCCCAUUAUUUACACCAAUUGUUUGCCCCUCCAGUCUAUAUUUAUGAUGAUUGGUAGUGGCUAUGUUGUGGUAUUAUUUUUAGACCAUGGGAGAUGCAAUUGGGGCCAGAAAGUUGAUUUACAUCUUGAAGAUAUUCUGGCCCACUUGUUAAAUUGGGCCUGUGAUCUUGUGAAGGGCCCAUAUUUUGAGCAAUGCCAGAAUUGUAAAUUAUGCGCUAGGUGUGAUGUAGGGAUGUGAUUGGCUCUUGACGAGUGAUCACAAAGGUAACCGUAUUUUAGCCUGAGCAUUUGAACAAAUAUAUUGCUCCUUUUUUCUUUCUCCCUAGGUGGUAGAGUUUGGUAGAUUUAAAUUCCUUAUUUUUCUUUUAAUGUGCAUUUGUAAUGUAAUAGUAUUAUCUUUUAAAAGAAAUGUAUUUAAGAUGGUUCAUUA